ACUCAUGUAGGCACAGCAGCCUUGAUCCAGGGAAUUGGUGAUGGCCAGGGAGCAGAGACCUUAUUUGCAGCCCUGAUGGAGUUAGUUUUGUUCACCCUCUUGCCUCAAGGCCAGCCACAUGGCUUCUCCUUGAAAUUACCUGCCGGCAGCCUUCAUAGCAGAUUAGUUUAUGAAGGAGAAUAAUUGAGAAAUUGUCUAUAUUUUUCAUAUUCCAUUCUGGAUGAUAUUAACUUUCACUCAUUCACUAUAAUUUCUUCUAAUAGAGCUGGUUCCCUAUGGAUUUUUUUUUGCUGAAUGAAUUAUGCCUGCCUGCCUACCUACCUUCCUUCCUUCCUUACUUCUUUCCUUCCUUCCUUCCUUCUUUCCCUCCCUCCCUCCCUCUCUCCUUCCUUCCUUCCUUCCCUUACUUCCUUUUUUUCUUCUUUCCUGUCAUCCGUCCAAACUUUCAAAAUAUUAUAUGCCAUGUUACACACUCAGGGAGGCAAAAAACAAAGCUCCACUCUCAAGGCACUCACAGCCUGGCUGGGGAGAGGUCAGUGAGUAUUCACCUGGACCAUCCUGUGAAGAAGCCUGUUACAUCACAGCCAGGGUGGUCAGAGCAGGUGUGCUGGGGUUGGAAAUGCUGGCAGAAGUCUUGAAAGGUGAGGAGGAAUCGUUGCUCAGACAAGAGCAGACAGAAGUUAAGUGUCCUGAAGGAAGCUAUUCCCAAGAUGAGGAAUGCAUUCCUUGUCCUGUUGGAUUCUACCAAGAACAGGCAGGGAGCUUGGCCUGUGUCCCAUGUCCUGUGGGCAGAAUGACCAUUUCUGCCGGAGCUUUCAGCCAGACUCACUGUGUCACUGACUGUCAGAGGAACGAAGCAGGCCUGCAAUGUGACCAGAAUGGCCAGUAUCGAGCCAGCCAGAAGGACAGGGGCAGUGGGAAGGCCUUCUGUGUGGACGGCGAGGGGCGGAGGCUGCCAUGGUGGGAAACAGAGGCCCCACUUGAGGACUCACAGUGUUUGAUGAUGCAGAAGUUUGAGAAGGUUCCAGAAUCAAAGGUGAUCUUCGACGCCAAUGCUCCUGUGGCUGUCAGAUCCAAAGUUCCUGAUUCUGAGUUCCCCGUGAUGAAGUGCUUGACAGAUUGCACAGAGGACGAGGCCUGCAGCUUCUUCACCGUGUCCAGGACGGAGCCAGAGAUUUCCUGUGAUUUCUAUGCUUGGACAAGUGACAAUGUUGCCUGCAUGACUUCUGACCAGAAACAAGAUGCACUGGGGAACUCAAAGGCCACCAGCUUUGGAAGUCUUCGCUGCCAGGUGAAAGUGAGGAGCCGUGGUCAAGAUUCUCCAGCUGUGUAUUUGAAAAAGGGCCAAGGAUCCACCACAACACUUCAGAAAAGCUUUGAGCCCACUGGUUUCCAAAACAUGCUUUCUGGAUUGUACAACCCCAUUGUGUUCUCAGCCUCAGGAGCCAAUCUAACCGAUGCUCACCUCUUCUGUCUUCUUGCAUGCGACCGUGAUCUGUGUUGCGAUGGCUUCGUCCUCACACAGGUUCAAGGAGGUGCCAUCAUCUGUGGGUUGCUGAGCUCACCCAGUGUCCUGCUUUGUAAUGUCAAAGACUGGAUGGAUCCCUCUGAAGCCUGGGCUAAUGCUACAUGUCCUGGUGUGACAUAUGACCAGGAGAGCCACCAGGUGAUAUUGCAUCUUGGAGGCCAGGAGUUCAUCAAGAGUCUGACACCCCUAGAAGGAACUCAAGACACCUUUACCAAUUUUCAGCAGGUUUAUCUCUGGAAAGAUUCUGACAUGGGGUCUCGGCCUGAGUCUGUGGGAUGUAGAAAAGACACAGUGCCAAGGCCAGCAUCUCCAACAGAAGCAGGUUUGACAACAGAACUUUUCUCCCCUGUGGACCUCAACCAGGUCAUUGUCAAUGGAAAUCAAUCACUCUCCAGCCAGAAGCACUGGCUUUUCAAGCACCUGUUUUCAGCCCAGCAGGCAAACCUGUGGUGCCUUUCUCGUUGUGUGCAGGAGCACUCUUUCUGUCAGCUUGCAGAGAUAACAGAGAGUGCAUCCUUGUACUUCACCUGCACCCUCUACCCAGAGGCACAGGUGUGUGAUGACAUCAUGGAGUCCAAUGCCCAGGGCUGCAGACUGGUCCUGCCUCAGAUGCCAAAGGCCCUGUUCCGGAAGAAAGUUAUACUGGAAGAUAAAGUGAAGAACUUUUACACUCGCCUGCCGUUCCAAAAACUGAUGGGGAUAUCCAUUAGAAAUAAAGUGUCCAUGUCUGAAAAAUCUAUUUCUAAUGGGUUCUUUGAAUGUGAACGAUGGUGCGAUGCGGACCCAUGCUGCACUGGCUUUGGAUUUCUAAAUGUUUCCCAGUUAAAAGGAGGAGAGGUGACAUGUCUCACUCUGAACAGCUUGGGAAUUCAGAUGUGCAGUGAGGAGAAUGGAGGAGCCUGGCGCAUUUUGGACUGUGGCUCUCCUGACAUUGAAGUCCACACCUAUCCCUUCGGAUGGUACCAGAAGCCCAUUGCUCAAAAUAAUGCUCCCAGUUUUUGCCCCUUGGUUGUUCUGCCUUCCCUCACAGAGAAAGUGUCUCUGGACUCAUGGCAGUCCCUGGCCCUCUCUUCAGUGGUUGUUGAUCCAUCCAUUAGGCACUUUGAUGUUGCCCAUGUCAGCACUGCUGCCACCAGCAAUUUCUCUGCUGUCCGAGACCUCUGUUUGUCGGAAUGUUCCCAACAUGAGGCCUGUCUCAUCACCACUCUGCAAACCCAACCUGGGGCUGUGAGAUGUAUGUUCUAUGCUGAUACUCAAAGCUGCACACAUAGUCUGCAGGGUCAGGACUGCCGACUUCUGCUUCGUGAAGAGGCCACCCACAUCUACCGGAAGCCAGGAAUCUCUCUGCUCAGCUAUGAGGCAUCUGUACCUUCUGUGCCCAUUUCCACCCAUGGCCGGCUGCUGGGCAGGUCCCAGGCCAUCCAGGUGGGUACCUCAUGGAAGCAAGUGGACCAGUUCCUUGGAGUUCCAUAUGCUGCCCCGCCCCUGGCAGAGAGGCGCUUCCAGGAACCAGAGCCCUUGAACUGGACAGGCUCCUGGGAUGCCAGCAAGCCAAGGGCCAGCUGCUGGCAGCCAGGCACCAGAACAUCCACGUCUCCUGGAGUCAGUGAAGAUUGUUUGUAUCUCAAUGUGUUCAUCCCUCAGAAUGUGGCCCCUAACGCGUCUGUGCUGGUGUUCUUCCACAACACCAUGGACGGGGAGGAGAGUGAAGGAUGGCCGGCUAUCGACGGCUCCUUCUUGGCUGCUGUUGGCAACCUCAUCGUGGUCACUGCCAGCUACCGAGUGGGUGUCUUCGGCUUCCUGAGUUCUGGGUCCGGAGAGGUGAGUGGCAACUGGGGGCUGCUGGACCAGGUGGCGGCUCUGACCUGGGUGCAGACCCACAUCCGAGGAUUUGGCGGGGACCCUCGGCGCGUGUCCCUGGCAGCAGACCGUGGCGGGGCUGAUGUGGCCAGCAUCCACCUUCUCACGGCCAGGGCCACCAACUCCCAACUUUUCCGGAGAGCUCUGCUGAUGGGAGGCUCCGCACUCUCCCCGGCCGCCGUCAUCAGCCAUGAGAGGGCUCAGCAGCAGGCAAUUGCUUUGGCAAAGGAGGUCAGCUGCCCCACGUCAUCCAGCCAAGAAGUGGUGUCCUGCCUCCGCCAGAAGCCUGCCAGUGUCCUCAAUGAUGCCCAGACCAAGCUCCUGGCUGUGAGUGGCCCUUUCCACUACUGGGGUCCUGUGAUCGAUGGCCAGUUCCUCCGUGAGCCUCCAGCCAGAGCACUGAAGAGGUCUUUACGGGUAGAGGUUGAUCUGCUCAUUGGGAGUUCUCAGGACGAUGGGCUCAUCAACAGAGCAAAGGCUGUGAAGCAAUUUGAGGAAAGUCAAGGCCGGACCAGUAGCAAAACAGCCUUUUACCAGGCACUGCAGAAUUCUCUGGGUGGCGAGGACUCAGAUGCCCGCGUCGAGGCUGCUGCUACAUGGUAUUACUCUCUGGAGCACUCCACGGACGACUAUGCCUCCUUCUCCCGGGCUCUGGAGAAUGCCACCCGGGACUACUUUAUCAUCUGCCCUAUAAUCGACAUGGCCAGUGCCUGGGCAAAGAGGGCCCGAGGAAACGUCUUCAUGUACCAUGUUCCUGAAAGCUACGGCCAUGGCAGCCUGGAGUUGCUGGCGGAUGUUCAGUUUGCCUUUGGGCUUCCCUUCUACCCAGCCUACGAGGGGCAGUUUUCUCUGGAGGAGAAGAGCCUGUCACUGAAAAUCAUGCAGUACUUUUCCCACUUCAUCAGAUCAGGAAAUCCCAACUACCCUUAUGAGUUCUCACGGAAAGUACCCACAUUUGCAACCCCCUGGCCUGACUUUGUACCCCGUGCUGGUGGAGAGAACUACAAGGAGUUCAGUGCGCUGCUCCCCAAUCGACAGGGCCUGAAGAAAGCCGAUUGCUCCUUCUGGUCCAAGUACAUCUCGUCUCUGAAGGCAUCUGCAGAUGGAGCCAAGGGCGGGCAGUCAGCAGAGAGUGAAGAGGAGGAGUUGACGGCUGGAUCUGGGCUAAGAGAAGAUCUCCUAAGCCUCCAGGAACCAGGCUCUAAGAGCUACAGCAAGUGACCAGCCCUUGAGCUCCCCAAAAACCUCACCCGAGGCUGCCCACUAUGGUCAUCUUUUUCUCUAAAAUAGCCACUUACCUUCAAUAAAGUAUCUACAUGCGGU